AUUGUAUAAAUAAAUACAUCCAUCGAAAUAGGCAAAAAAUUAAAUUCUAGUAUUCUCGAAUUGAAAUUACUAUUCCAUAGCCUUCUGUGGUACCAUAUAAAUCUUGAUGAAGUUGCUUCGUGACAAAUAUGAUGUUUUUGUUAAUUUACUUUUGAUAGUAUUUACAGAUUUUUAUGGCUAAUAAUGUUAGUUUAAAUUUCACUCUGUAAUUUUGUGAAAUUAUAUCAUUUCGCUUGCAAAGAACUGGUACCAUCAUGCAGAUUUGUACUUUUGAUCCACCUGCGCGUACACAACCACAGUCUGUUAUCGAAGCGAAAAACAAACUUCGAUUAGAUCACGAUGAAAGUUGCAAUUGUUGUUGUUGUUGCACACCUCAAAGUCCAUGCCUUAAAUAUGUGCAACCAAAGGUACCAAAGUCUUUUGCUCCCAUUCGUUACUACUGGAAAUCGAAUAUACCGAUGGAUAAGAACACAACAUACCAACUCUCGUAUUGGGAAUGCCCUACCUCAACCGUGGAACCUAUUCGACUACAAAAUUGGUUGACUACUGGCGAGGGUGAAAUAUCUGACAAAACAACGUAUAAGGACAGUUACUUUGGUAAUUGGUGCAUCACACCCGAGCAACCUAUCACGCCGUGUUCGAAACAAUGGCUCGGCAGAGGUCCUAUACAAGACGUUACUACUCAAAAGCAUGACUAUACGUGGAAAUCCAUGGAACCAGUUCAAGCUUUCAAAGCGCAGCAAAACUUGUACUGUCCAGCAGCGCGAUUAGCUGACGAUACCACAUAUAGAUUGAGUUACUAUCCAUCUGCUUGUCACUUGCCUGCUACAUCUUAUGCCCCUAUAAGGAAAUAUGCUAGACCAGACAUUCCAAUGGACGACUGCACGACUUACAGGCUUAGUUACUGGCCGAAUGAUGGAGCUACGAAGGCUGAACAGCCGUGGUACACAAAGAGAGAAUACAUACCACCCGUGGAGCCACUGGACGGCUGCACAACUUACAAAUUGAGCUAUUGGCCACAUUGCGAGGAGAUACGUCAACCCAUUAGAAAUCAGGAAAAUGAUAAUUUAUUAAACGCUGGCUGCUGUUCUGAUAAUAACACCACUUAUCGACUCAGCUACUUCGGCUCCGAAGGCGGCAAGCGAGAUCCCAUUCGACAACCUAACAACAUCCUCUUUUCGCCUUGUCCUGCAGCUUAUGAUACCGUUAAUCGAAUGAGUUUCUUGGGAAAUUGGUGCGUGAAACCAGAAACAGCGAUUACACCAUGUAGCAAGCAAAUGUUGGGAGGAGGACCUAUGCAGGAGGUGACUACUCAAAAACACGAUUACACGUGGAAGAAUAUACCAGUAGAACAGGAGAUUCGUCCCGAAAACAACCUUAUCACUGCGAAUGCCUGCAUGGAUUGUUGCACGACUCACAGGCUGUCUUAUAUACCCAAUUGCAAAUCGUUGACACCCGUUCAAUCGUACGCUCCAGUACGCAGAUACAGUUCACCAAGCGUUCCAAUGUUAGCGGAAACUACCAUGCAACUGAGCUAUCAGCCGGUAGAUGUUGCAAGUCCAGUGGAAAAACCAUGGAGCGACAGGCCCUCUUACUAUCCUCCCGUGACUCCAAUGGAGGAUAAUACGACGUACAACAACAGUUACAUUCCACCUGGUACAUUGGUCCCACAAUGCACAUGUUAAUGAAUCAUCUUCCACGACGUUGCAACUCGACGAAACAGGUUUGUCUUCCUGAUUUUCUAUCUUCCUUCAACUCUCGCGACUUAUUUCGAAGGUCCUAAUCAACUAUUAUUCUAAGACCACUUGAAAUUAAAUUCUUCUCAUAAACGAAGAGGAAUCGUUAUCGUUAGAAGGGGAAUUAACAUGCCACAUAAUUUACAACUGUAUAUAAUGAAAAUUAAAUAUAUAUAAAUUUAUUCCAUUA